AUGCCAGCACGCACUCGCAAACCUCGCAUCAACGAAAAGGAUGAUGGCGCUCUCAGUCUCUCAGAAGACGACUUCCGUCGUCACUGGGUCUCGGCCGACGGGCUGAGUCUACGCAAUGCUCAUCCGAAAGUCGCCUUCAACCGAGAGAACAACGGCUUUGAUCAUCUCAAGCUCCCAGAAAUGCCGUUGAUCAACACCAAGGCUAUUGAUGCGCCAAACUUUGCCGACUUCAAUCCAGAGGAAGAGACGAAAUAUCUGAGCAUGGUUCGCGACAAGCUCAGCCUGACCAAAGACUACAUCCUCAAGGAGCAGGAGCUAUCCCUCGAUCCUGAUCGUAUUGGUACGCGCCACACGACAACGCCAAAACUUCUCGCCAUACCACCCAUCUUGAUUGACAUACACGCACAACAGAUGGUUCGGCUUCUCAUUGAAUCGGAAGCAGAGCUUCGAAGAUUGAAUACCGACACUCCGGAGGAUAAAUUUGAUGCCGUACUAGAUCAGCCAAUGAGAGACUAUCUGGAGCUCUGGGCCGGGUUGCAAGCAAGCCUUAUGUGGCAGCUUCCUGGUGAGGACGCUGCAGACAAGAUGAACAAGGCGGAUAGGAUCAUGGAUGAGGUGUUUGAAAAGCUGGUGGAGCCGUAG